UUGUAAUUUCGAAAGUACGAAGGUUCAACUAUAAGAAGAAAGAUUGUGUAGUGUGAAGGACUUUUCGUAACGAUACAGGUUUUAGUACUCAUCAAAAUGUUGUAUAUAUUCCAUGUGGAAACAGGAACAAUGAUGACUUUUGAUAUGAAUUUAGCUUUAGAAAGUGUAGGACAUUUGAAAAGAAUUAUUUGUAAAGAGUACAAGAUUCCUGAAGAAAAACAAGUACUUCUAAUCAGUGGAGGAGAAAGUCUGGAGCCUACAACUCGUGUAUGUAGCUAUAGUGCCGGUACUGACACCAGCCCAAUUUUUCUCUUCAGCAAAGUAGUAAUAGAAUCUUCUUCUCCACCCCUACCAAGUGUCGAUUAUGGAUCAAGUCCAGAUAUGAAAAACUGUGUAGAUAGUUGUAUAGACAUGCCUCCAACUUAUGAAACUGUUGUCCAUAGAGCACAAUUAGCCCAGCAAUUUCAUGAUUUAGCAAAGAAGCAGACCAGCACUUGUGAGAAACUGGUGCAUGAUCAACAUCUUCAGCAGCAAGGAUGGGCAGCGGUCGUUGCUAAUUUAGAUGAUAUCACAAGUGCAUUUAGGAAUAGAACUCAGUUGUUUGUACAAAACUUCAACCAGUACUUAAAAACCAGAGGAUACCAUGUAGAAAUCCUUCACAAUUUUAGCCAUCAUUUAAGCCUUCUGUCCAAGAUACCAGUUUUGCCUGCUCUACUCAGUGAUAUUCCUCACCAUGUGGAAGGUUCUCUGCACAAUGACAGCACUGCAUUUUCUCUCCUUCAUUGGAUUAACUCAAAGGAUAACCAGAGUAGUUUAGAACAGAUGGCAGAUCAGUGUCUACGAGGACUUGAACAGUUCAGUGAGAGCAUGUUGGAUGUUCUUCAUGGUGAAAUAAAUGACACUCUUGAAAAACUAGACAAUGUAGAUAUGAAGGAAGUUAAAGGACUUGAAGCUCGUCUGUACGGCUUGGAGAAACUUAUGUUCGAGGCACAUCGAAUUGUGAGGGAACAAAGUGAUCUAGCUCAAGCAUUUGUUCAGAACCAGACUAGAGCAGGCAAUAUCGGGGACACUUCAAUUUUACCCGACUUAUGUGCAAGUCACAGUCGACAGCUUCAACUAAUGCUGAAAAACCAUAUGCAACUGGAAGGAAUUUUGCAGAGAUGCAUUGAUGCAAAAAAAGAACUGUCUUCGAACUUACAUAUCCGACUCGGGUGGAUAAUGUAUGUUGAAGGGAGGAUUUCUGACUUAGACAAUAAACUUUCUAUAUACCAUGAAAACUUGAAGAGAUUAAAGCGCCAUCUGGAUGUCGUUGAACAGAUUCAUCUCACUCCGCAAGUUUAUGUUGCAGCUGUUGUCGAGGUUGUUAGAAGAAGAACGUUCUCAACUGCGUUUUUACAGUGGGCCAACAGUCUCACAGAACACACUAUGCAUCUCCAUAAAGUUGAAGUGACUACUAGGAAAACUUUUAAUGAAAAAAUAGCAAAUCAUUUUCUGCACGCACUUUUUCCCGGAAUGGAAGACUCGCCUCCUCCUUUUGCUCUAAACAGGCCGGAACCGUUUGACCAAGAUCUUCCAAAUGUGUUUGAAGAAGAUAUUGAAAAGCUUAAACAAAAGUUACCCGAAUUUGCAGAACUGCUGGUAAUUUCAUCGAAAGAGUUGAUUCAGUGUGUUGCUGCAGUCCCACCACUUUCUGAAUAUAUUAGUAAAGAGAAACAAGUUAGUGAACACGAACUAAAGAAGUACUGUGAUGUAGAUAAAGAUGUGCUGCUUUAUGACGAAGAAUUAUUAACGCACGUAGAUUUUAAACAAACACACAAUCUGCUCGGUUGUGCCACAGGAAGUAAGAAAUUGCCUGUUAGAGACUGGAAAGAAGUUAGUGUUGAAGGCUUUGAGCAUAUUGGGGCAGUGGAGAGGACAGACACUUUUCCCAAACCUCAUAAACAUAAAAAUGUAGAUUUUGAGCAAAAAAUGGCAAUGAAAGAAAGACAAAAAAUAUUUCGAACUCAAAGCGAUGGGGAUAUUAAAACAAUUUCAAAAGAUUUCUCUUCUUCUGAUUUGUGCUUCGUGCCCUCGGGUCAUCCGACAGCCGAUUUCUACAUUGAUGAUUCCAUGACGUCCUCGUGCACAGAUAGUAAUGCCGCAUCUGGUCCAGGGAGAGGAAUUUCUUCGUUAAAACCCAAACACGAGUUAGUUGCUAGUCUACAAAAACAGUUAAUGGAAAAAAAUGCCACUCUCUUAAAAACUCGGGAGGAGCUCCAGAGCACAAAACUCCAGCUUCAACGAUUUCAGAGUACAGUUACAACUCUAGAAGAGCUAACAAAACAGGUACAACAGUCCCUAAGGUUAGACUUGGCUAACCUGCAGGAUGAGGUACUACAAAGGCGAGAAGAAGUAAUAGAAAACAUUCUUGCCGUGAGUUCCAAGGUCCAGGAAACGAUAGAGCACUUAAAUAUUCAACUUGGAAGUUCACAGGAAGAAGCAGCCUUGGAGUUGGUUAAUAAAGAGCAUCGUGUUGAACUUCAGUACUACCAACAGCUGUUAGAUGUAGAAAUGCAUAAACUAGAAGAUGCCCACCAGGAAAUUGAAGUCUAUCAGCAACAAUUAAUGUCACAAAAUGACGUGAUAGAUAAUUUAAAACAGGAGUUUGAAGCUGGUAUCAAGAAGAUCCAAAGUGAAUGUGAAAAUGAGAGAAAAGAACUUGAACAAAAGUUGAUCUUGGAACAAGAGUUGGAGUUGGAAGCAGUCCGGAUGGAAUUAAGGAGAGUUCAAUCAGGAGAAAUCCUAGAGUUAACCCAG